AAAUAUUUCAAUCGAACGAGACAGUUAAAGCACGGCGGCAAAACGGAAACAUUGCUGAGUCAUCCCUUAGGCUCCGUAAAUCGCACUCCAAAAAUGCGUGCGUUGGGCAUUGCGCAGCCGAACAACCACCAUCAAACGACGGUCGCCAGCACCACCACCUCCUCCACCACCGCCAGCAAUGUCGGCAGCGUCGGUGCAUCGACCGGUGGCAGCACGACCGGGAUCAACGGUAAGAACGGCAACGGAGAUGGACACCAUCACGGACCCGGUUCGACCCUGAUCACGCUGCCCCGAGCCAUUCCCGCCGGUACCGGUGGGACAAACGGUGGCGAUGGACACCGCUCCGGCGGUCAGCUGCGAACGGUAGCGGGGGUGGCCGGCGGUUGCAGUGUCAGCGAUACCGCCGCCCAGGACACAAUCUAUCUGUGCAACUUUCGCGUCACCGUCGACGGCGAAUGGCUCUGCCUGAAGGAGCUGCAGGAUCUCGAUAUCAAAGACGGCCAGCCGGGUGGUGGCGGCUGCGGCGGUGGGGCCGAUGCGCUGGGCGGCGGCGGAGGGGGUGCAGCCGGAGGAACCAGUGACUGCAACGCACUCAAUAGUUUCGGUAUAAUUGAGAACGUAAAAUGCGAAGAGAAGAUUAUCGAGCGCGAUUGGGUUAACUACUACUCGCGCGAUCCAGCCUCGAUCGAGCGGAGCAACCUGGUGAAGAUAUGCAAGCUGGUGGUAAAGGAAUUGCUGGAACAAUCGUUGCGCUUUGGCCGCAUGCUGGACUCGGACCACCUUCCGCUGCAGCACUUCUUCAUCGUGCUGGAGCAUGUGUUGCGGCAUGGGCUAAAGCCGAAGAAGGGACUACUCGGCCCGAAAAAGGAGCUGUGGGACAUUUUGCAAAGUGUCGAGCGAUACUGCGUCGAAGCGAUGGAUAUUACUUCCUCCGUGCGCGAUCUGCCUACGGUGCGGACGCAUAUGGGCCGCGCUAGGGCCUGGUUGCGAUUGGCACUGAUGCAGAAAAAGCUGGCCGAUUAUCUGCAGGUGCUGGUCGAGCAUCGGGACGAUUCGCUGGCGGAAUAUUACGAACCGCACGCAUUGAUGAUGAGUGAUGAGAUCAUAAUCAUCGUGGGCAUUCUGGUGGGGCUGAAUGUAAUCGAUUGCAACCUGUGCGUGAAAGAGGAAGAUCUGGAUUCACAGCAAGGUGUGAUCGACUUUUCCCUGUACCUUCGGUCCAGCUCACGCAACAGCCCGGACGAGGAAAAUAAUGGUGGUGUUGGGGCUGGUAUCGAUGACAGUGCCACCGGUGCCAUGACGGCCGUGUUGGACCAGAAGAAUUACAUCGAAGAACUAAAUCGACAUCUCAAUGCCACGGUCGCCAACUUACAAGCGAAGGUCGAAUCACUCACCACGACCAACGCGCUCAUGAAGGAAGAUUUAGCGAUCGCACGGAACAGCCUGAUGGCACUGCAAGCGGAAAAUGCAGCCCUUCGAAGGGCAUCCCAGCACGGACACCCGAUCGAGGAUAAGACGAACGUACUGGAUCGCUUUGAUCCCGAAAUGGCAGAAACACUGGCGGAGGAACGUAAAAAGCGACAGGAGAUCGAGAAAGAACUGGACCUGCAAGUAUCCCUUAAAGCGGAAACGGAAAUGGCCAUGAAGCUGCUAGAAAAGGAUAUACACGAAAAGCAGGAUACGAUCGUUUCAUUACGCCGUCAGCUGGAGGACAUCAAAUCGAUCAAUCUUGACAUGUACCGUAAGCUACAGGAGUGUGAGGCGUCGCUGAAGCACAAAACAGAGCUAAUGUCGCGGAUGGAAACGCAGCGCGAAUCGAUGGCAAGCGCGAUAUCGCAACUGGAAAAAAAAUACAGUUCGGAAACCGCCAGCCUAAACGCGCUCCAAGAAUCGUCCCAGGCGUUAUCGUUGCAAGUGGUCGCUAGCGAACAGAGGGCGGCACGUGCCGAAGCAGAUUUGCGCAUCGAACGCGAGUGGCGAACUGCUAUGCAGGAAAAGGAGAUGGCACAUAAGGAAGUUAUAAGCGAAUUACAGCUACAGUUGAAACAGCUGUCGGAUGAUUCAAAGCAACUCGGAAAAGCCAACGUUGAGCUGGAAAAACUUCGCAGCCAAUGGGCCGAAGAUCAGCGCACGCUCGAGGAGCUCGGUGUACAGCUGAGUGUGAGCAAGCUGCAAAUCUCGGAACUAAAGGAAAGGGCAACUGGCAGCCACCAUAAUCAUAACGGCUCCGAUAGCAACCGCGAUGGUGACUCCUUGGCUAGCAGUGGUGGUGGUGGUGGUGGUGGUGGCUGGACACCGGAUAAAGUCGUGUCGAAGUGUACGGGGUGUGAAAAAGAAUUUAGCAUGACACGUCGAAAACAUCACUGCCGAAAUUGUGGCAAAAUAUUCUGCUCGAGCUGUUCGGAGCAUGUGGCCGCGUUGGCGACAACGGAUCAGCAGCAAACGGCCAACGGAAGCAAACCGGUGCGCGUAUGUGAUCAUUGUUGGGAAAAGUUGGCCGCUAAGUAAAGCCAG